CCUACGUCAUCAAAAGGCGACAUGAUCGGGACAACAAACGUGAAACAUUGGUGUUGAAGCAGAUACUGUAAAGUUACCUCGUGUGGACCACACAGUUCAUUCUUUCGCCGCAACAGUGAGUGUUGGUUCGAUGAAUCCAUUAAUUAGACGGAGACUUCCUCAGUCUGUGAGGAGUCUUCUGACAGAUAUCGGUCCGAAGGAAGACUGGACUGACACGGAGUCUGAAACAGAGACCAGAGAUGGGAUUCUGCUCCCUUCCAGAGGAGCUGGACAAGAGGAGUUUCUUACCCCAGCUGUGAGCCAGGAGCAGGAUGCUACAGAGGACGAGAGAAGCGCUAAGAGGAGCCCAGUCUGCAUGCUGUGUAAAUGUAAACCUUCUUGCUACACCUGUCCCCGGUGUAACCUCCAGUAUUGUGGCUUAGCUUGCUACCAGAGCCCAGGUCACUCUGAUUGCUCCGAGGAGUUUUACAAAGAGUCUGUUCUCCAGGAGCUGAAGGAAAUGGGCAAAAUGGAAACGGAGGGGAAAAAGAAAAUGCAGGAUAUUCUUUUGGGACUCAGACAACAGGCGGAGAGGACACAUGGAGGGAUGGAAAGUUUGUUAACAGAAGCUGGUGUUGUGGAAGAUGACACAGCGAAAGGGGAGGGAGAGGCUGCAGAGAAAGUCCAGGUUGUGGAGCUCCUGUCCAGGUUAGCAGAGCUUCAACAGUCAGGAGACGGGAGUACAGCAGAGAUUGAGGCUAUUUUGGGAAAACUUGAAGAUAUAGGAGGAGGGGAGCUGCUGAUGGGAGGAACUAAUGAGGAAGCUGGAGGGGCAGAUGGUGAGCUGGACUUGGCCGAUCGACUCUCAGGGCUGGAUAUUGACAAACUUUCAGAAGAGGAGCUGUGGGAACUCCUCAGCAGCAAAGAGAAAGAGGGGUUCAUGGGUCUGGUGAAGGGUGGAGCUCUUGGUGGGCUGGUUCCCUUGUGGAAACCUUGGUGGGAGGAACAUGAGGGAGGGAGAGUCCUAGUGGAGGUGCUCGAGGAAGAGGUAAGCAAACUGGAGAGACAAACCUCCACAGCUACAGAAGAAGUGAUUCAGAAACUUGGCAAAUCAGCUACAAAGCUUAAAAAUGUUAAAGGAGAAAAUAGAAGGCAAACAAGCAAGAGCAGAGGAAGUUCAGUCGUUCAAAGUGUGCCUCCCAUCUCUGCAAAAAUUCCAAAGUUAAGUUCCUUGUGCACGAAUCCAUCCCCUCUGGUAUGCUAUGGUUUAGUCAGUGCACUUUUUGGCUACUCCUUUACCCUGAGCCUGUUUAAUGGGGACACUGAUUCACUCAUGUUUGAAAUCUGUGACAUGAUACUCGCUCUGUCUGAGGCGCUGAACUCAAACAGGGUGUUCAACUCCAUCCAGGAAGCCUUAGACUGCGGAGAAACUCUCAUUUUAGGUGGAGGUUACCUCGACAAGGAGGAUCCUCUUGCCUCAACCAGAGCAGUGGAAGCUGUGGCUCACAUCAUGACCGGCAGAGGCAGAAAGGACGCUACAGGAUACUGUCUGGCAGCCUUGAGUCAGCUCCGCUCGGUGCUCUCCCAGGCCAGAACAGCACUCUCUAAAGAUGGAGAGGAAGGGGCAAAGAGGCAGAAGUACUUCCUGGUGAGCAAGAAGUGUGAAUUCUUUCAAGCCUGGGUGCUGGACAAUGAGCACCAGAUUCGUAGACUCGCUGUUGAACUGUGGAGCGAACACAGCAGAAGAGAGAGUGUAAGGAACAGCAUGGAGAAAGCAAAGACUGUGGUCGAGCAGAAUUUGAAGAAAGCAAAGAGGAAGGAGAAUAGUAAACUGAUUGAAGAACUGAACUGAUAAUAUUUUUCUUGAACAUACUGAUGUUUGUAAAAGGUAAUGUUGUAAUAAAACACUUGAAAAUCGAAAUUAUUGUCUCCUACUGUGAAGUUCAAAUGGAAAAAAAAAUAUUACCAGUCUUUUCCUAAUGUUCACAUAUCUUAGCAGCUUUGCAAUCAAAAGAGUAUAAUAUAAUCAUUAUUUAGCAUAUAGUAGUUGCUAUUACAGAGUUUUAGUUUUAAUAAUUAUAUGUGAAGUUUACCAAACAAAACAAGAAAAUGAGAUUCACAUAAAUAGAAAAAUAGGAAAAUAUUGGCCCAUGUAUUUUUGAAGAUGUACAUUAUUAUUGUUGAAUAAAUAAUUGAUCAAAUUGAAUCUGUAUGGCAUGACAAAGUGCUACCUAGAUAAAGUUUAUUUGAUAGACUAUAGAGCAGUUUAAAUUGGACAUGAAGCCUGUUAAAGCCUGUAAGUGGAACAUUUUUUUGAAAGCCAUCAUUUCCGUGGUGUAGAAUAUACUUUAAUGCUUUAAAUUGAUGUGCACUUAGAAAAUGUACGAGAUAUAUUUUUAUGUUUUAAUCUUGACACAUUGCAAAAUGGUUUUACACAGUGACUCUAAAAUGAUAAAGUAAUUUGUCUAAAAAACACAAAACGUAAAGGUUAUGUAUGUUUCUUUUAAACUACCUGUCAUGGCCUUCCUGACUGACUAGAGUUUUCUCAUUUGUCAUUUGUGAUUGAUAUGAUUGCUAAUUAUCUGAGGGAAAAUCAAACUUACUGUUGAAGUGAAUAAAGCUGUCAAGUAGA